AUGUCUUCGACGUCCACAACGCCCCAACGCCCUCCAGCGCCAGAAGAGAAUGUGAAACCGUUGAACUACAAGGAACAGUUCGCUGGCCGACAUGUAACAUCCAAAUUCAUCGAGCAAGUUCCUUGUGCAGCUGCCUCGAAGGCAUCUAUGGACUGUCUGGACCGAAACAACUACGACAGGGAUGCUUGCCUUGAGUACUUCAAGGCGUACAGGGAAUGCAAGAACACUUGGAUCAGGCAACGCAAAGAGGACAGACAUGCUGGAAAGUAG